AUGGGCGGCUUCAAGAAAUUGCUUCAGAACUUGACUGGGAAGAAGAGCGACAAUGCCACCCAAUCCGAGAAACGCCUCCAGGCUCAGACCAUAACCUGGUCAGGCAUCGACAACACCCAGCCAGCAGGCGAGAACCCCAUCCAGGGCUUCUCCACCGAAUACCUCGGCGAGCAAAAGUCCAGCAACACCGCCAUCCGUCGAGACCUCGGCUUCGCGGGCCACAUCGGCGGCAAAUGGUUCGGCGUGUACGGCGACACGCUGUGGUGCAGCCCGGGGGUGACGGAUCCGGAGCGGGAUCCGGACCCGGAAGGGUUCCACGGCAUGGUGCGGAACUCGGUGGCGGCGCUGACGGGGGAUCCGUUGGUGGUUCGGGAUGUGCAUUUGAACGGUGACGAGCCGGUGGCGCAUCCGACGCAGUUUACGCCGUUUGAGGAGCGGUGGGGGGAGACGAAUUUGGUGGGAUUUGGGGGGACGAGUGUUGUUGAGGUUGAUGGCGAGGGAGAAGGUGUUGGGGCGGUGUAUUAUUUGAUUAACGACCAUGAAAACUACCGCCAUGCUGGAAUUGCCCGCGUCGAACUCAUAGACGGCGCUCCCACCGUCACCAAGAGACUCGGAGAUGACGGCUGGUGGUGGGAUUGCUCUACGACCGCCAAGUAUGGCGACGUUGCUACCUAUCGGGACGUGAACAGCGAGUACAUCUACGUCUGGGGCCAUCCGCCCAAGACGGUGACAGAGUGGCCGGAGACAGAAUACAUAUAUCAAGCACGGGUCAAGGCGACAGAGGCGUUUGACCUGGACAAGUACGAAUACUGGUGGGGAAGGGCCAAGGGAUGGCAGAGCGAAAUGCUGAGUGAGCAUAAUCCGGAGACGGCGGUGCUGUGGGGAGUUGGGCAGGGGCAGGUUGUGUAUAGCGAAUGGUUCAAGUGCUAUAUAUAUGUUCAUCUGAGUAAGUUGCUACACCAGGAUAUGAGGGGACAGGACUAA